AGCUGCCUCCUCUCUUUCUCGACCCAUAGCCACAUCCUCGCCCCGCGCUGCGGAGCAUUCAGUCAUUUGCCACUACUCUCACGGCCUCACCAAGCUCUUCCAUGCAAUCCAUGGAGUGUAGCAACAAAAGUGGUGACCGGCGGCUAAUGGACCGCCUCAGCCAGCUGCUCCUCUGUCCGGCCAACACUUUCCUCGGCUCCCGGUACAGCUCAUCCUCGUUGGCCUCCACGGUUUUCACAGCCACCGCUGCCGCCGCCUCCACAACGCUAUCGAUCUCUUCCACUUCCACCACCGCAGCCAACUACACAGGCCGCGCCGAUCCUUUCUCAGCCGCUCUCGACCGCCCUCCUCCCGAGCGCAUGCGCUGUAACAAGGAGCAGCACAAGGAUAAGGGGAAGCUUCAAGAACGCCGUCGGCGGCGCUUCAAGAACGCCGUCGACAAAGACGGCGUCCGGACGCUCUCGUCCAACCCCUACGGCUUCACCUCUUCUGGCGAGGAGGACGAUGGCACCGACGGUUACGGCGACGACGAGGACACAGAGACUUUCUUGUCCUCAAGAAGCCUCUUGUCCUUCGACUCUUCUGGCUUCUACGCGUACAGGAAGCUGCUGAAGCCACCGUCCAAGAACAGGAGCCACCUCGGCCGCCAGGGGAGACGCCGGCGUUGCUGUCGGCGGCCAUCUGCGAGCUGCGUGGAGACGUGCAACGCGAGAUCCGUGAGGGAGCCUGGGUUCCGUCCUCUGGUGAUGACGACGACGGCUACCGCUGCCGCGCUGGAGCAGGUACCGAAGGGGCUGGCCGUGGUGAAGCGGUCACGGGACCCUUACGGCGACUUCCUGGAGUCGAUGGUGGAGAUGAUCAUGGGGCGUCAGGUGUUCGGCGCGGCGGAGCUGCAGCGGCUGCUGCGGUCGUACCUAGCGCUCAACGCGCCACGCUUCCACCCCGUCAUCCUCCAGGCGUUCUCCGAUAUCUGGGUGGUCAUCCACGUGCACGGCGGCUAGCGCCUAACGCUGGCCGCCGGCCGGCGUUGUUAGAUCAAACUGCUUAGAUUGUGCAUGCAUUGACGCAGCUGAACGUAAUUGCAUAGCACUGUAUGCUUGUUGGGAUGUAAAAUGUGGUGUUAACUAGGCUGGUUUGAGCAUCUCCAAGAGUUCUCUCAAAUGUUUGUUUCUAAGAUUAUUGAGGUAUUCAAGUCGCCAAAAUGUACUAAGAGCACAAAAGACCACUUUCUGGACAAUACCAACAACAGGACAUAUCCUAUGGAAUCAUUUGCUCUAGUACACAAAAGCUCUAUAGCGACAGUUUUGUAGCUCUAUUUGUACUAUUGUUCUUUAGUGCCGCCAGUUAUUUUGG